AUGACGAAUUCGCACAUCGCCGGCGAUGCGUCUUCUAAGCGACAUCGCGAGCACAUCGAACAGCCUGGAUCGCCCAUGAGUACGCGGCCGACCAAAAAAUGUUCUACGUUCUCUUCAUUGCACGUAUUUCGCACACCUGUCAAGUCUCAUACCGAACAUUCCCCGUCUCGCAGCGCCAAACAUGUUUUGAGCUGCUGGCGAUCACGUUUGGGUUGUUCCAAAUACGCAGCGUCGCAAGUCGACGCUGCUGUCCCGACGCUCAAAUACGAAAAACUCGAAAACUCUUUCUCGCAUCUGAAGCUACGAAGCCCCGAGCCCAUCGGCUUCACGCACGUUGAUGCUACUGACAGCAACACACAUGCCAUAUUUUCCAUGCCCGAAAUCGUCGCUAAAAUCCUCAAGUUUCUGGACGCCGACAUGGCCCUUCCACAAGAAAUAGUUCCAUUACGUAGAAGACCUCAGUCUCUUGCACACGCAGUUCUCAAGUGCAACGGUGACACUACGAAAGGUUUUCAGUUGUGGAAUCAAACCGUUGCGCAGCUGAAAACGGAAACAGGCCAAAAGUCGAGGUUUGAGCAACCGGUUUCAGGCAACUUGCAUAGUUGCAUGCUCGUCAACAAAUUAUGGCAUGAACUUGCACUUCAAAUUGUGCUCGAAAAAUUGCAUUUCAACGAUCACCGUAAGUUCCGGAAAUUCCUGGAGUCGAGUUCUCACUGGCCACGCGAUUCUAGUCCCUCUGCGACUAAGCCUUCCAUUCUGAUCUUGCAUAAGCUGAGCAAAUUGUCACAACAGGAUCUAGAUGACCUUGCGUCCAGAGUCGCAACAGAAAAACUCAAAUGGUUUGAACUUUACAUCUGUCCGACGGUUGCGUUGUCUCCCGACAUUUUCCACAUUUCCUGCAACGUGGAAAAACUGAUUUUACCGGGAAACCGGUUUGUCUCGGACCAAUUCCUCAUGAGUAUUGCACGCUCUCUGCCUAAAUUGAAAGAGCUGGAUUUGCGUGCGUGUGACGAGGUCAGCGAUAGCGGCGUUGUCGCGAUCGCGACUAGUUGUCCACAGCUCGAAAUCUGUAAUCUGGGUAGACAUCGCAACGGCCAUCGUAUAACAAGCGUCUCGCUUGUGGCGCUUGCGCGCCAUACUCAAAUUCAGACCGUUGGAGCAGCAGGCUGCGAAAUCACAGACGCUGGCGUUUGGGAGCUCGCUAUGCUGAGAGGCCAAGGUAUCACGAGGCUUUCGUUCAACAAUUGUAGACUUUUAACCAAUAAUUCGCUUCCAGCAUUAUUGGCACUCAAUUACUUACCUCAUCUGGUGGUCAUGGAAGUGCGUAACAUUGUCAAUAUCACCCAGGUUAGACCUUUCAUCAUUUACAAACGUUGGAAGAAGUCUAUGGGUGUGCCAGUCUUGAUUGAAGGCUGUGAACGAAUCGAACUUUUGAUGAUCGAAGAAAAGGGUCGGCUCGAUGCCGAAAACAGAGCCCGUAUCUUGGCAGAUCUCACUAAAUGGGUCAAUUGUGAGGACUUUUGA